GUAGAGUCUAUAAGAUAGAGUGUAUGUUAAUAAAAAUCUAACAAGGAUAGAAUUGAUGACGGAUAAAUUUUGCGAUAUUUGUAAGUGCGUUAUCGUUACAAUUAUCUAAAUAGAAAAUCUGAAACGAGUUACACUUGGCAGGCCAGGACGUAAACAUGGCAGUGAGAGAGUUUGUGCGGUGUCAGUCGGUCAUCGUGUCGCUUGAGCAUGAGUAGCAGUUGGGUAGAAAAGAGAUUAAAAAUUGAAGAAUCCAGCGGCAUGCAAUUCUCAAUUAAGCACAAGUAGGAUCUGGAUAGACCGAAUUGGAAAGAAAGAAGAUCGGAUGGGAGAGGGCCAAGAAUCGAAGACGAAAGCCGAAGAUGGAGUUGAAAUUCAGGAGAGAGGAGAAAUAUACUUCUUCUACAGGCCUAAAGUUGAAAAGCAAGAGGUGCAUAGCCCCGAUGAGGUGCAACGCUUGUACAUUAUUCUGCGUCCAGAGUCAGGUGAGAAGGCGGUAGAGGAGAAACAAUCUACCUCAAGCUCCUCAACUGGAACCCAACGCGGACAGGGUACCCACACCCAGGAAGUGAAUAUUGAAAAGCAACCCCUGUUGCGGUUCAUCAUUAUGGGUCGAAAAAGCCUACCACACCCAGCCCAAAGGGCUCGACCAUACUGGGGAUUUGUAGAUAUGGUCACAACCGAUGUCCAAGAUAUCAAGAAUGCUCUUCAAGGAGGGGAAUACGACACGUCAACGAGAGGACAUCGCCAUAUUUCUGCUGCAAGAGCUUUGGGCGAAGGCAUUUACCGUAUCUUAAGGCACAAUCCAAAGAACAAGUACCACACACAUUUGAUCUACAAGCUAGAGUUUCCAUCAGAAGAUGAAAAAAACGAGCCUCAGAAGUGGUUUAACAUUGAAAGGGAAGGGUCGUUUGUGAUACAAAUAAAGAACCCAGAUCAAGGAGGAGCUGGUGGUUCUCACCAAAAACGCAGGGCGCAAUUUCCAGCGCACUUGCAAGGCCAAUUUGGGCACAAAGGGUAUCACCCAGCAGACCCACCAGACUACUUGAAUUUUGAAGGGUGUGAGUUCUUGCUCAUAUCGGCUUCAGAUGAUAUAGAAGAGGAAUUGGGGUUGGAGCUGACCACUGAAGGAGAAGAAUGUGAUUUGGUUAAGACUUUUGGAGAGACGGUUCCCACGGAGCCUCUUUUCAAAGGCACUUGGGUCUAGACUAGAAUGUUGCUUCUGCUUAUUUAAGUAGUAUUUUCUGUUCAACUAGUAACGUUUUAAAUAGAUGCGUAAUUGAUGUUGGAGUCGGUAUAGGAAAAUUAGACUAGAAUUAGAGUAUGGAUUUUAGAGUACUUCCUUAUAUCAAGUUUUUUGGCACUUUCCUCCUCUGGAGUUUAAGGGCGGAUAACGCCUUUGUUUAUAGGUCC